UUGCUCCGCAUACUUUCUUAUAGUCACGUGAUUAAAUGGAAUGAAACAUGGAAAGAUGGCGGAAUUCCAGUGGAAUAGUAAUUCAUAGAGAUGCCUUAGUAAGGUUUUAUUUUCAUUCCUUUUGAACUUUUUAAAUCAUUCAGUCAUGCAGAAGAACGUGAAAACAAAGAACGUGUUCCUAUCUGGUGCUUUACAAAGAAUUCUACUCGAUAAAGAAACAAAAAAGUCUCAUCAUUCACAACUAAAGAAAGCUUGCGAAACGGCUUUAGAGGAAAUAAACGCUGUUCAAGGAAAUGAAAAAUCUACAGGGAAUGUUUCUUCUGCAACUCUACCUCCACUACCUGGUCAGCAAACAUUCAUUACAGCAGAUCAAUAUUUUCUUCCUUUUGAGUUGGCUUGUCAAACAAAAUGUGCCAGGAUUGUCACCAUUGCACUUGACUGUAUACAAAAACUCAUUGCUUAUGGUCAUAUUGUUGGCGAUACACCAGACUCCAUUGAACCAGAGAGGCGUUUAAUUGACAGAAUUAUCAAGACUAUUUGUACUUGCUUUACCAGUAUAAAUACUGAUGUAAAUGUUCAAAUACAAAUUAUAAAGGCUCUUCUAACAGCUGUUACAUCAAGUACUUGUGAAGUUCAUGAAGGAACUUUACUUCAAGCAGUUAGAACAGUUUACAACAUUUGCCUUGCCAGUAAAAGUCUUAUUAGUCAAACAACAGCAAAGGCAACACUGACGCAAAUGAUAAGUCUUGUGUUUCAGAGAAUGGAAAGUCAAGCUACUGAAAAUGAAAAUGAAGAAAAGGAUGAUAGCAAUAAUUUUAAAUCAGAAGAAAUCAGCAAAAAGGAGGAGAAAACUGACAUCAAUCCUUUACCAAAUGGUGAAAUCCAUCAUGGCGACGAUAAAGUUGAAGGUGUGAACGAUAGCGAAGUCUCCGUUUCUUCCACGGAAGUUAAAGAUAAGGAUGUUAAUGAUACAGUUAUCAUGAAUGAAGAAUCAAUGGUUGAAGAGAAGAGUGUAAAAGAUGUUGUUGAUGGUGUCAGUGAUGCUGUGAACGAUGACACAAAACAAGAUUUAGUCGAAACAACAGUUGACACUAAUGUCUCGGAGUCUGUUGAUAAAGAACAGCAUUUAAAUGACUCAGACGCGUUGAACAAUGCUGCUGUAGAUGACUUGCCUUCUAAGACUUUUUCAAAUGACAAUACAAAAGACAAUAUAGGUGAAGAAAGUGAAGAAUCAGUGAAGAUUGCCAAAGAAAAACAUCUCGAUGGAAGUUCAAAUGUUAAUGACGAGUCCGUUAAUGGCGAUUCCCCAUGUGUGACCCAGGUACAAGAUGUUAGUGAUCCAUCUGAAACCAAAGUAAUCCCACCAAAUAGCGUUGAUGUUGAUUCAGAAGCAAAGACAAAUAACUCGACAACUGGCGAAGUUUCAGAGCCCAAGGAGGAUGAUGGGAAUGAAACUGCACGAAGUUCCGUCUCCGAGUCUCAGUCUGAUAUGCCCAGCGAGACGUCAAGUGAAGGCAAGCCACCUCAACAAAGAUUUUCUCAUAUCACCCAGAAGGAUGCAUUCUUAGUGUUUAGGUCCUUGUGUAAACUAUCAAUGAAACCGCUUGCGGAAGGACCGUUGGAUCCCAAAUCGCAUGAGCUCAGAUCUAAAAUUCUCUCACUGGAGUUGCUGUUAACUUGUCUACAAAGUGCCGGACCUGUUUUCCGUACUCAUCCAAUGUUUAUCAACGCUAUAAAACAAUAUUUAUGCGUCGCAUUAUCAAAGAAUGGCGUCUCAUCUGUUCCUGCUGUGUUUGAACUAUCGUUGGCAAUCUUAAAUUAUAAAAUAAACACAAUGAAACGCGUGCGUUGAUUGUUCUAGAGCUGAGUUUGCAUUAGCCAGUGCAA